AUGACCUUCGAGAAGAGUCUCAAGCCGUCUCGGACGACGUUGAACUCGAUGCUGGGCGUGUACACGAAUGCGCUGCGUCUUCGCUCGGCCGAAGUCUUCAUGGACGAGACGUUCUCCAAGUUCGAGCUCAAGCCCAACAAGUUCACGUACCGUAGUAUGAUGCAGAUGUACGUGCGCGCGAAGCGGACGACUCAAGCGGAGCAGUUGCUGGAGCGUGUGCGUUCGGAGAUCGAGAGCGGAGAUGUGGAGGCGGACGAGGUGACAUUCGGCUUGCUGGUGGACCAUUACGCCAGGAAACGCUUGCUGCGUCGCGCGCUCACGACUCUGGAAGACGCAGACGCGCUGGGGCUGCAGCUGCAGGAGAAGCAUCUGAAGAAGAUCCGCGCUCUGACGGAGAAGUACGGCGUCUUUACGGAUCUCAUUUCGGAGAACCCGAACGCGGUGCUUCUCGCUAGCUCUCGCUACAAACUCAUGGAGAAGCGGAAGGUGCGUGCCCAAGUGUUGGAGUACAACCGCAAGAUCGGGAAGCGCUUUCUUCUUCCGGAAACCGUCUACUAG